CUGAGGCAGUCUCAGAUGGAGCUACUGUGGAUCCAGAGACAGUUGGCCAUGAUCUCUGCCAGACAUGUACACUAUCACCUGCAAACCAACAUUAAAGGGAAGCCAAGGCAUGAGGUUUCAUCCCAGCAAGCUAUAGGCCACUCCGUCUUCUAUUUGAACCGUUUUCGACUGCUGGAGGACAGAAACCGAGCACUGAAACUUGAGCUCGCCACCCUUCGCCAAGAGAAACAACAAAAUAGGAUUUUGAAAACAAAGCUCCAUGCCGCCUUGCAAGAGAAAAAACGUCUCAACCUUGAGUUGAUCCGCCACAGCUUGAAGGCGUCCAAGUAUGACCAGGCUCAGUCAAACUAUGACCAGCUGAGAAAGACCUUUGCUGUAGUGAGCCAGGAGAGAGACGUGGCCCAACAGGAGAGGUGCCAACUCCAAGGCAAAGUGGAGAACCUGGAACAGGUUCUGAAGCAUAUGCACGAGGCUGCAGUGCGGAAGCAGCAGCUACAGACGGAGCAUGAGCAAACCCUGGCAGCCCUUCACACCAAGCAGAAGGAGAUCAACCUACUGCAAAGGGCUCAAGUUGAAGCUGAGCAAGCGCACGAGGGAGCAGUACACCUGUUAGUGGUCAAAGUUCAUGACCUGGAGCAGAAAUGCAGGUCACAGAGUGAACAGUUCCACCGACUGUCAAAAGAGCUUCUGAAUUUCCGACUGCAGUCAGACGCUGUGGACAUCCUCGGCACCGAUUCCUACUCCAAAUCCCAGACCCCCCUGUCACCAGAGAAGAAACUCUCAACAAUCCUCAACAGACUGGCAUCCCAGACAGAGACAGGCGAUGAGAGCGUGGCCAGCACGCCACCACUGAUCUCCCGGUUCACCCCCUGCCCGCCGCAGAAAGGAGACAGGGAUAGACCAGAGCCGCUGUCAGUCAAAUCCAGUGCUGUGACAACGGACCGCCCCAGCAGCCCCCGACUGGCGACCCCCUCAGAGAUGGAGGAUGAGGUCAGCCCAUCACCUAGGUCAAAGCCUCGCUACACAGGCCAGGUCCGCCUCUGCACUGCCCGAUACAGUUAUAAUCCUUAUGAUGGACCAAAUGAGCAUCCAGAGGCAGAGCUCCCUCUUGUGGCUGGGAAAUACCUGUACGUGUAUGGCAACAUGGAUGAUGAUGGCUUUUAUGAAGGGGAACUGCUGGACGGCCAAAGGGGGCUUGUCCCCUCCAACUUUGUGGAGUUCGUCCAAGAUAAGGAAAAACUAGCCAUUCAGGCUGGAGAAGGAGGCGAAGUCCUCAGCCCAAUGGAUCAUACCCCGCUAGGCCUGAUGGGGGUGGAUGGGGGUGUGCCCCAGGAUGGUCUGCUUUGUUCAACCAACACCCUGGGACCCUGCAGCAAUGGGACAGGGGUGCCUCUGGACCCUGAGGACCUGGCCGAAGAUGUCGUGCCUUACCCCCAAAAGAUUAACUUAAUCAAGCAGCUGGCGCGGAGUGUCAUUGUGGCCUGGGAGCUGCCCCUGAUGCCCUUGGGCUGGGGCAACAUCUCUGGCUACAACGUGCUUGUAGAUGGCGAGCUGCGUGCGAGCGUGCCCUACGGUAGCCGGACCAAGUGUCUACUGGAGAAGCUUGACCUGGAUGGUUGUGUUCAUCGCGUUUCUGUGCAGAGUGUCACUGACAGGGGCCUGUCGGAUGAGCUGCGUUGCACGUUGCUAGUGGGAGCCAAUGUGGUCGUGGCGCCUUGUGGGCUGCGUGUGGACGACAUCCAGCGUGACACGGCAGAGCUCUCCUGGUUGCCUAGCAACAGUAAUUACGGGCACACAGUAUUCGUGGAUGGGGUGGAGCAUGCGGUAGUGAAGCCGGGGAGGUACAGGCUACGCUUCCUCAACCUGAAGCCCAUGACGGUAUACAAGGUAACGGUGGUUGCACGGCCGCACCAGGUGCCAUGGCAGCUGCCCCUCGAGCAGAGGGAGAAGAAAGAAGCCGGUGUGGAGUUCUGCACUCAGGCUGCAGGUCCAACACCCUAUUGCAGAACAGGUCCCCCACACCCUCCCCAGGAGGUCCAGGUGCUCUGCGGUCAGGCUCCAGGUGUCUUGCAGGUCUGCUGGAAGCCACCCCCGAUGUCUCCCACAGGAACAUCCAACGGGGCAAAUGUUAUCGGCUACGCGGUCUGCACUAAAGGACAGAGGAUCGCAGAGGUGUUGUACCCACUUGCAGAUUAUGUGACUGUGGAGCUGACAAGGAUUCAGUGCCUGGAGGCCAGGGAGGUCAUUGUUAGGACGCUAUCUGCACAGGGAGAAUCCCAAGACUCCCAAGUCGCCGUCAUUCCAAACAACCUGCUUGUGCCUCUACCACCCCUUCCUCAGCCCACACCCCUACUCCCCCACACAGGUCCCCCUCCACAUCCCAUGGUCCAACUCCAUCUCCAGUCCCCUCACCUCCCUCAUCCUCAGCCCCAGUUGCCUGCUCCACCCCAGGCCCAUGGACAACCUCUUCCUCCCCAUCCUCCCCAUCCUCAAGCCCAGCCCCGGCUUCCCCAUCCAGGAGUACCCCUCCAGCCCCAGCUUCGACCCCCACACCCUCUGCCUCAGCCCUUACAUCUUCAGCCUCAUCCAGCUCAUCAAGGUCAAAGACCUCAGCACCGGCUGCCUCUGCUACCCCAUCCCCACCCCCAUCCCAUACCUCAGAGACCAGUAAGUGCCAGAGACCUGGAUGCCAAAGAGCAGGCGGCUCAUCAUGGAGGAACCAUUCCACCUGGCCCGCCUGGCUGGGACCCAACUCGCUCUCCAUCUACCCAGCCCCCUGCACUAAUGCAAGGGCACACCCUGGAGGCACCCCCAACUGCCAACCCCCGUUCACCUUCACCCCAGAGGAUUCUUCCUCAGCCCCGGGGCACACUCAUCCCAGACACCGUUGCCAAAGCCAUUGCUCGAGAGGCAGCUCAGAGGGUGGCAGCAGAAAGUGGAAAGGGGGACAGGAGACAGGGUGGGUAUGUAGAUCAGGGUCAGUCAUUCCAACAGCAUCACUCAGAGGAAGAAGAGGAAGAUGAAGAUGGAUAUGCUCGUGGCCGUAGGAGAGGUGCCUCCGUCGACGAGUUCCUCAGAGGCUCUGAGCUCGGCAGACCGCCUCAUUAUAGCCACAGUGAGGAGUACCACAGUGAGAGCAGCCGAGGCUCUGACCUGUCGGACAUCAUGGAAGAAGAUGAGGAGGAGCUGUACUCUGAGAUGCAACACGAAGAAGGGAGGCGACGCAAUUCACACAACACCCUCAAGACAAGCAGUGCUGGUGGAAGUCGGUUAGACCGGGAGAUGGGGAGACGAAUUCCCCAUGGCGCUCCCCAACCCCAGAGGCGACCUCUCAUGGUCCCUUCUAUUGAGAUAACCACUGAGAGUAACAGUGAGGGGAACCUCUCCCCCAUCACCGAGGAUGUUUACUAUGGCAGAGUAGCUCGGCACAGGACGUCUGCAUGCAGGCACACGGGGAGCACAGGCGCCAGCUCUCCCUAUGAUGGCUACAGAGAUCGGGAACGCCGCUCCCCUCCGUACUAUGAUGAGUCAGAGCCUGAGGAGUCCUUCAGGAUCUUUGUGGCACUCUUUGACUACGAUCCUCUCUCCAUGUCCCCCAACCCAGAUGCAGCUGAUGAAGAGCUGCCCUUCAAAGAGGGACAAAUUAUUAGGGUGUAUGGUGACAAAGAUACGGAUGGCUUCUACAGAGGGGAGGUACGUGGCAGAAUGGGGCUAAUUCCUUGUAAUAUGGUGUCAGAGAUAAGGGCUGAGGAUGAGGAGACCAUGGACCAGCUCAUCAAACAGGGUUUCCUACCCCUCAACACACCCGUGGAUAGAAUAGAGCAAAACAGGCGAGGCUCCCGUCGAGACCAGGCCUCCCGCAGGAUGGUGGCCCUCUAUGACUACGACCCCAGAGAGAGCUCCCCUAAUGUCGAUGUGGAGGCUGAGCUGACCUUCUGUGCUGGUGACAUCAUUGCUGUUUUUGGAGAUAUUGAUGAAGAUGGAUUCUAUUAUGGUGAGAUCAACGGCCACCGUGGCCUGGUUCCCUCUAACUUCCUGGAAGAAGUGCCUGAUGACGUGGAGGUGUAUCUGACGGACACUCCGUCCCACUACCCACAGGAUGAGCCUGCCAACCGGCCCGCUUCCAACUCCGCCGUCACCGUCACAGAGGGCAAACGGGUCACCCCAGAAACCACUGACACCAUUGACAAUGAUACCACGCCCAUGCGGGUGCCGUCCCCCAUCGAGAGGCCCCUCCUCCCGGGCACCAUGCGACCCCUCAGCCCGACCAGGAGCCCCCAAGUCCCACUGGAUCCACGGGAUCCCCAAGACCUGGCCUCUAAAAAGAAGAAAGGACUCUUGUCCAAGGGGAAGAAACUGCUGAAGAAACUCUCCCCUGUGAAACAAUAA